AAUAAUAAUAAUAAUAAUAAUAAUAAUAAUAAUAAUAAUAAUAAUAAUAAUAAUAAUAAUAAUAAUAAUAAUAAUAAUAAUAAUAAUAAUAAUAAUAAUAAUAAUAAUAAUAAUAAUAAUAAUAAUAAUAAUAAUAAUAAUAAUAAUAAUAAUAAUAAUAAUAAUAAUAAUAAUAAUAAUAAUAAUAAUAAUAAUAAUAAUAAUAAUAAUAAUAAUAAUAAUAAUAAUAAUAAUAAUAAUAAUAAUAAUAAUAAUAAUAAUAAUAAUAAUAAUAAUAAUAAUAAUAAUAAUAAUAAUAAUAAUAAUAAUAAUAAUAAUAAUAAUAAUAAUAAUAAUAAUAAUAAUAAUAAUAAUAAUAAUAAUAAUAAUAAUAAUAAUAAUAAUAAUAAUAAUAAUAAUAAUAAUAAUAAUAAUAAUAAUAAUAAUAAUAAUAAUAAUAAUAAUAAUAAUAAUAAUAAUAAUAAUAAUAAUAAU